UUGAUAUUUCUUAUUUAAGGAUGAUAAUAAAGGAAAUUGGAUUUUUUCUGCUUAUAUUUCCAGUGCAUUUAAAAUCCUCUGAUAUAUCUACCAUAUAUAAGAUGAAUACCAAUUUUUUGCCAGUUCCAAUUUGCAAUCAUGAAUAUUAUUGCGAAGAAAAUACAUUGUAUUAUCCAGACAAAAUAAUAUCAGAGGAACUAGAAAGAUAUCCUCAUUUUCGAUAUUAUGCAAAUACAAAUGAGAUAAUAUAUCCUGAAUUCGAAGAUAAAUCAGAAGAAGAAUCACUUUGUAUCUCUAGAGAACAAAUUAUAUUCCCUAAAUCAGGUCUAACAAAAGAAUUGGAAUGGAAAUAUAUCGUAAAUCACAUAAAUUUGACGCAAGCUGUACACAUCGAGAUAUGUCUGGAAGAAGACAGACCAUGUAGAAUAAUCGAAGGUUUCGCUGAAGGGUAUUAUACAAAAUGUAAGCAAAAAUUCAUAUAUCAUCAACUUUUGGCAGUAACAUCAAAUGGUUCGAUAAUACCCGAAUUAUUUCGAUUUCCAACAAAUUGUCAUUGUCACAUCGAUUUUGAAUCUGAUAGAUUUUUGCGUUCAUUAAGAUCUAAUAAUUAAUGAGAGUAAACAGAUGUAAUAUUAAAUAUGAUAUAAAAUUAAAAGGUAUAUAUUAUA